ACGGUCGCUAACGUCUGCGCGCAGGCGCACUGGCACUUCACACAACCGCAAUAAGCAAAUAUGGCGGCGGCCGUCGACAGUGUUGUGAAAGUUCUAGGAGAACAGUAUUACCGGGAUGCCAUGGAGCAGUGUCACAGCUACAACGCCCGUCUCUGUGCAGAACGCAGCAUCCUCAUGCCUUUCUUGGAUUCUCAGACUGGAGUUGCACAGUCAAACUGCUACAUCUGGAUGGAGAAGAGGCACAGGAGCGCAGGUAUAGCUCCAGGACAGCUGUACUCGUACCCCGCUCGCCGUUGGAGGAAGAAACGGCGUUCCCAUCCUCCUGAGGAUCCUCGCUUGGCUUUCCCUCCUCUCAAAGCAGCAGAUCUAGAGCUGGGUCUGAAACGUGAGGCUUUGGGAACGGUGGACGGCAGCAGCUUGGAGGCUCUGCUGAAAGGCGAACCCCUGGAGAGGAGGAGCGGCGUGUCUGACGUCCGCACCCCUGAGGACGACCCGGCCACUGUGGAGCCGCCGGCCACGUCGGCGGUCACUCACACGUCUUCUGGACGCAUUCGUAAGAGAGUUCUUGACCACGAUGAUUACUUGGAUGAUCUGGAUGACGAAGACUUUGAAGAUGAGACUCCCAAAAGACGAGGCAAGAGCAAAUCCAAGGGCCGCAGUGACAAGAAUGGGAAGAAGAAGACGGAGGCUGCGGCGGCGGCGCUGGAGGAGCGAGACAAACCGUACGCCUGUGACAUCUGUGGAAAGCGCUACAAGAAUCGCCCAGGCCUGAGCUACCACUAUACACACUCUCACCUGGCAGAGGAGGAGGGCGAGGACCACGAGGAGAUCGAGGCACCACCCACUCCUCGCCAGCCUGAGGAGCAGAAGACCACCAAAAAGGGUCCCAACGGUCUGGCGCUGCCCAACGAUUACUGUGAUUUCUGUCUGGGAGACUCCACCUUGAAUCAAAAAACGGGCCAAUCGGAGGAGCUGGUGUCCUGCUCAGACUGCGGACGGUCAGGACACCCGACGUGUCUGCAGUUCACUCCAGUGAUGAUGGCGGCCGUGAAGACGUACCGCUGGCAGUGCAUCGAGUGCAAAUGCUGCAAUGUGUGCGGCACCUCAGAGAACGAUGACCAGCUGCUCUUCUGUGACGACUGUGAUCGAGGCUACCACAUGUACUGUCUAACCCCACCCAUGACCGAACCGCCAGAGGGGAGUUGGAGCUGCCACCUGUGCCUGGCUCUGCUAAAAGACAAAGCCUCCAUAUACCAGCAGAACCAGAGCUCAGCCCCCGAGUGACGUCAAAACACGAAGCCCGCCUCUCAGCACCAGGACCCCCUCGGCCCCGGCUCAAAAUGUCAGACCUCCUCUCAGCCCGCCAGGCCGGACUCUGUCCAGAUGUAGCUGAGCCAGAUCGCAGGUCAGCUUCACAAGUCGCUCUUACCUACAGUGCUAGCCGGGGGACUCAAAACAUAAACAGACCUCAGAUCAGUCAACACGGGGAUCAAACUAUCACUACAAUCCUGCGUAGAGCGGCCUCAAGACUUGCUGUCAAACAUGUAACAUAUCAUGUGUAUUUACAUCAUAGACACACUUUCUACUGGACUGUUACACACACAGACAAACCGAAUGCAAGCAGUACCAAUAAUAGCUGCUGUCUCCAUGGGAACUCCCAAGAGAACAAGGAUUAGCGUCACGGCUAACUAUUUGCACCCCUCCACACUCAAAGACACAGCGUGGAGUGUGGAGACAGUUUUUCUUCAGCUAAAAGAUCUAUUUUUACUCACUGACAGUGAUGUGGGGACCACGUCACCGUAUAUCUGGUUAAGAAAUCUAAUUGUUGUUUCUGGUUAUUAGUGGGCUUUUCUAGUGGCUUUAGUCGGUGUGUGCUGUUGUCCCAUUCACCAAAGCUCUUACUGUGUUUUGAUGAGGUUUCCCUUUGCGUAUCUAUCAUAUGUGACAUCACAGUGGCGUUUCUCUCCGCUCACAGCCAACCCAAAGCACCACCGUCGCGAUGGCUUUCAUUUGGCUACAUCAAAUAUGACACAAACACUUCAACGUUUGAUCAUAGAGUGUAAUUAAACUAUAUAAGUAACUUCAGAGUUCAUCGGCUCCCUGCAGGAGGAAGCCAACACUUUUACAACGCCUCAAACUUUCCGGCUCCACUGAUAAGUUUUUUUUUUUUAGCUCACUACAUGAAACGCAGAGGAUCAUAAAUAAAUGUGUUUUUCCAUGUUUUUUUUUUUUUUUUGACGCGCCAUCAUUUCACACGUUGUGCCAACGAGACGCACUCAUUUCCAGACUAGCUGUUUUUAUCAUUUGUCACUGAGGUUGAUUUGCAUGCAACAUGCACAUAAACUUUCAUCACCGCUGUUUCUUUUUUGUGUUUGUUUUUACAUUUUAUAUCACCUGAUAUUCCAUUGGUAUUGGGAGUUUUUACUAGCUGAAUUUGUAAAGUCCAUGAUAUUGCAAACACUUCGAUAUAUAGCUCCUAAUCCAUUCUAUGUACUGUAUUGACUUUUAUAUUUUUGUUAUGACUGUGACAUGUUUCAAAUUGUUUAUGUCAAACUUUCUUCAUAAGUAUUUGUAAGAUGACGUACUUUGUUGUACUAUUUUUAUUUUUGCAUUUUUUUGGUAUUGAAGCUGAUUUAGCCCAACUGAAAUAAAGAUCAUUUUGAAUCGUGAACUCCA